GCCAGGGCGCGAGUCUCGCGGCGCGGGGUUCCUCCCACGCAGCCUCCCAUUCAAAAGAUGCCGAAGGGGCGGCGCGGCAGCCAGAGCCCCACGAUGAGCCAGCGGCCGGCCCCGCCCCUCUAUUUCCCGUCCCUCUACGACCGCGGCAUCUCCUCGUCCCCCCUCAGCGACGUCAACAUCUGGAAGAAGCUCUUCGUGCCGCUGAAGGCGGGAGGGGCGCCGGCGGGCCGGCCUCAGCCCCAGGCGCCCUCGGCCCCAGCGCCCCCGCCGCCGCCGCCUGGCCUGGGUCCCCCCAGUGAGCGCCGCUGUCCCCCGCCCUGGCCCUCCGGCCUGGCCUCCAUCCCCUACGAGCCUCUGCGCUUCUUCUACUCGCCACCGGCGGGGCCCGAGGUGGCUGCCUCGUCCCUGGCUCCCGGCCCCACGACCCCCCGGCUAGCCUCUGCCUUCCACCCCGAGGAGUUGUGUGAGCUGGAGAUCCGGAUUAAGGAGCUAGAGCUGCUCACCAUCACUGGGGACGGCUUCGACUCCCAGCGCUAUAAAUUCUUGAAGGCGCUCAAAGAUGAAAAACUACAAGGCCUGAAGACCAGGCAGCCUGGAAAGAAGUCGGCCUCUCUCUCCUGAGGAGCUGCCCACCAGAGCCUAGGCAGCCGCCUCCUUAGGUGUUAGUGCUUAGAUAAUGUGCCCUGUUUGUUGUCAUUUCAAAGGUGGUUAUUUUCUGUUCUGUGUUUUCUGCUGUGCUUGUCACUCCCGGCAAGCACUCUACAUACAGUGGCCACUUGAGUGGUAAA